AUGGUCAACCAACAUAGAAAAGAUAGCUUGAGCGACUUCAUUUUUGAUGAUAACUAUUUCGAAGAUAGUUGGGGUCUUCAUUCAGACUUAUUUGCAACUUGCAUGCAUCAGAUGAAUAUAUUUAUACCUGAUGCAUCUUUGAGAGUUGCAGCUUCAUGCAACAUCAGUGCAGAAAUGUCGAAACAACCUACUCAUACGUUGAAAGCAUUACAUCUUGAAAAUAUGGAAAACAAGACAGAAAGGAAAUAUUAUUCGCCGGAGAAAUCCAGCAUGCUAGACCAGACCGAUCACAAUAUGAAUGGUAUGUUUGUUUGUCUGAUUUAA